GAACGUUUGCCGCGCUGUGAUUGGCUGUCUGCAAAGCUUCGGUUCAAACAUGGCCGAAGCAGGAGCAGGAGCAGAAGGAGCAGAAGGAGCGCAGGGAGGAGGAGGAGCAGGAGCAGGAGGAGCGCCUCCCUACUUCCACAAAGAGAGACUCAAAUACAGCCCGGAGGAGGAGGCCCGGCUGGAGAGGCAGCACUUCUGGAGGAUCAUCGACGCGUUCAGGUUUUACCGGGUUCAUGUCGAGGAGCAGGUCAAGAGAGCCGAGUGUCAGUUUCGGAGUCUACCGCAGCACCACCAGAACCUACUGCCAGAUGUUUUAUCCAACCUGUCCCGGAUCAGCCAGUGUGCGCACCACAACCAGGAGCUGCUGCAGGCCAUCGUUCACAACAGCCUCCACAUGUUUGAGAACAUUGAGUAUGGCGAGAGGGAGGAUCCACGAAAGGCGCGGCCGUCCACUACGUUUGACAUGGACAAGCUUAAAUCCACCAUAAAGCAGUUUGUCAGAGACUGGAGCGAGGUGGGCCGGGCCGAGAGGGAUUCCUGCUACCAGCCCAUCAUCCAAGAGAUCCAAAGACUCUUCCCAAGUGACCAAUAUGAUGUGUCUAAGGUGAGCGUGCUGGUACCGGGUGCCGGGCUCGGCCGCCUAGCCUGGGAGAUCGCUCGGCUCGGUUAUAUCUGCCAGGGCAACGAAUGGAGCUUCUUCAUGCUCUUCUCUUCAAACUUUGUUCUCAAUAGGUGUGAACAGGUGAACUCUUUCACGGUGUACCCCUGGAUCCACCAGUUCAGCAACAACAAGAAAUCCUCCGACCAAACGCGACCAAUCAGAUUCCCUGACGUCAACCCUCAGAGCUUACCUCUCGAUGCAGAUUUCUCCAUGGUAGCAGGGGACUUUGUAGAAGUCUACAGUGAACCAGAAUCCUGGGACUGCGUGGCUACCUGCUUCUUUAUUGACACAGCUCAUAAUGUCAUCGAGUACGUGGAGACUAUCUGGAAGAUUCUGAAGCCUGGUGGAGUUUGGAUUAACCUGGGUCCACUGCUGUACCACUUUGAGAACAUGGCCAAUGAGCUCUCAGUUGAACUCAGCUAUGAAGACAUCAGGACGGCGAUUGUUAACUUUGGCUUCCACAUAGAGGUGGAGAAGGAGUCAGUCCAGACCACCUACACUGAGAACGACCGCUCGAUGUUGAGAUACGUUUACGACUGCGUCUUCUUUGUGGUGCGGAAACCCGUAGAUUUGUACUUCAACGGUCAAGAAGACGACCAACAACAGAAUUCUCCGCCGGCCGCCAAGUCACCGCGGCGAGAGGGCACCGACGGCCUGACGUGACAGGAGAACCCCUCUGACAAAAAAAGACUGACGACAAAACGAAAAAGAAUGGACACAGAGGAGAAACGAAUCAGUGGACAUGCAUUUUCUUUUUCGUCAUAUAUUUUUUAAUGGAGAAACGUGUCCGACCCUGCAGCUGCACCGGCUCAGAUUGUAGAAGUAACACCUGAAAAACAUCGAAAUGCUCUACGUCUUUUAGCAGCGGUCUUACUAAUCAUAAUCUCCACUGACUUUAACUGCCUGAGAGAGAGUGUGUGAGUGUGUGUGAGUGAGUGUGUGAUAGGUAAGCGUGAUGGGAACAUUUGCUUUUGAAAUCUAUUUAUUUUUUUCAAAUAUGGUGCCAAUAACUUUGUCUACUUAUUUGCAUUUAUCAGACUGUAAUCAGAACAUGUUUCAGCUUCACAGGAAUCAUUUGUUUAUAAGUUUCUUUCACCUUUCUUUGUUUCUAAUCACACUUUGGAAUAAAGCCAAACAUUUUAAAAAAA